AUACAUCAUGCAGAACGAAAAUGUUUGACAUGCUAAUUAAAAUUCUUUGUAGCUUUCCUACGAAUAUUAAUCCCAUAAAUGACACAAAUGUAAAUUUUCCAUGCUCUAGUUGUCGGUGUUGUUCUGUGUCAUGGUAUCCAUGAGACGUGAUCGCUUGCGAAUUAAUUGUGGUAUUUUAUGUAAUUUGCUCGAAAGCUUGGAAAACGUCAGUGUAUUGUGGGUUGAAAUGGUAAACUGAUAUCACACUAAGCCAAUACGUCAAAUUGGCUUGUCAGAAAACUGUCAGUAGUCAAAGCUGUAUUUACAAGUUUCACUAACCCUCUUACGAUUCAUUUCGUACAAUCCCGGGCUCGCGAUGUUCCAGAGAACUUUUUAUAUGCUGUCGUUGGGGUUGCUCAUAUCAUUGGCUGACGCAGAGCAACCUGGUUUGAAUCUGUUUCAAGUACAAAACUUGGCAGAUGAUAUAUCCAAAAAAAUUACGAACAUGUGGCAAGAUACUUCAGGAUUUAGUCAUCUUAAAAAGGCAUACGAGGAAAGUCUUACCGAAGUGGUCCAGGGUGACGUGAAGCAGUUGCUUACUGAAAGCGCAUAUAAGAUGGAACAAUAUUUCAGCAAGAAAGUUGAUUCAUUACAGAGGAUAAAAACCAAAGCAGGAAUUGCAUACGCUGAAAGAAAGACAGACGCAAUCUUUACGGCAAAAGAUGUGAAAUAUGUAAAUAUGAUAGACCUGAACAAAUCAAGCAUACCUGUGACACUACAUUUUGAUCAGAGGUUCAAAAAAGAAGUAAAUAUAUCAUACAGUGGAAUACAGAUACCAACAAAUGUUUAUGAUCAAGGUCCUGUCGUUUUGAAAACAAUCAACUGGACGUCAGAAUUGGAUGAAGUAUUCAUUGACAAUCUCAAGAACAGAGAUGAUACGCUUAAAUGGCAAUACUUUGGAAGUCCCGAUGCUGUGUUUCGUACCUAUCCAGCAAAACGCUGGACCAAUCCUUACUACAGUGCAAGAAAAAGACCCUGGUACACCCAAGGUGCUACUUCUCCCAAAAAUAUGGUGAUUUUGAUUGACAGUAGUGGAAGCAUGGUUGGCAAGAAUUCAGUGAUAGGUCGCUUGGCAGUAUCAAAUCUUAUUGAUACGUUGUCAAACAACGAUUUCUUCAAUGUGCUUUACUUCAAUACAGCUGUUAAAUUCUUAUCAUGUAAUAAAACGUUGCUUCAGGCCACUAGGAAUAAUAGGGAGUGGUUCAAAUCAAGACUAAGGACUAGUGGUUACAAAAAUGUUGCUGAAUGGAAAACGGCAUUAAAUGAAGCAUUUGAGAUAUUAAAAACGUCGGAAGGUGCAAAAUGUCAAAAGAUGAUCAUGAUCUUCUCUGACGGAACGGAGCACAAAUAUGAAGACGUGUUCGAACGUCACAACAAACACAAGGAGAUCAGGGUUUUUACUUAUCUCCUGGGAAGCCCGAGUCCAGCAUAUUCCUCAAAUGAUUUAAUGUGGAUGGCCUGCUCUAAUAAAGGUUAUUUUUAUAAAGUUCCUACUGUUGGUUCAGUUCGAGAUCUUAUUGAGGAUUAUGUAUCUGUUCUGAGCAGACCGAUGGCCACAAACAUGACACUGAAUCCAGUUUGGACGGGAAUAUAUAGAGAUGCAUCGGGUCUAGGCAUGAUGGUGACUGCAACUCUACCUGUGUUUCAUGAAAGAACCUUUUUAGGAGUAUGUGGUACGGAUGUGACCAUCAGUCAGUUGGUUAAUUUUGUCUAUCAACCAUACAUUGGUCCUGGUGGCUACCCAUUCAUAAUCAACAACAACGGUCAUAUCAUAAAACACCCCAAUUUACGUGCUAUGUAUGGAUAUGUCAAAAGUGCCAAUGAUAUUGAUUUGAGCGAGGCAGAGUUUGUACCUGAAGAAGAAAAGGAUCACCUCUUGGCAUUGAGAAAAAAGAUGUUAUCAAUUAAAGAUGGAGAAACUGGGGAAGAGACAAUCAAUGCAUUCUCAUUCACUGAGUAUGAGCGAUACCUGCGAAUAACGCCAAUCAAAAGAACUUACAUAUUCACAAAAAUACGAAAAACACCUUUCAGCUUGGGUAUCGCUUCCUCCCAGAUUGGUUAUGAAGUUCUACAGUAUAAAUCAUAUGCUGUGGAAAAUGAAACUGACGGAAUUGUUCUUCUGAAAGACUGGAAACACUGUAAUUCCACAGUACCUCCGCUGAAAACAACAGCAAAGAACCUAAGACGCUUACUGCAGGGAAGCGAUUGCAGUGUUAAUCUCAUGCUUGACUUAAAUAUAACGGAGAACGUUUGGUCAAACUCCAACAUUUCUUCAUUUGUCAAAACAAACUGGGGACUUGUGCGUGUUUCACAAUCAAAUGGUUCGAAUGUUCUGGAAGAAAAAAUGUUUCAGAGAAUCAGCAAUCUCAACGAAAACUCUAUCAUUGUAUCAAUUCCAUAUAAUGAUGGUAAAUCAGAUGCAACAUCAGCUAACCUGUUGGUCUACAAGGGCAUCCAGAUAAAUGUUUCAAAUUUGAGUAUAAUUCCUAUUGUAACUGGUUUUCAAACAAACGAAGAGGUUUUCCUGAAAGAUCAUUUAAUGAAUAUCACUUCAAAGGAUAAGUACCAUGUUUAUCUUUUGGACGAAAAUGCUUUCAUUGUCAGCUCUAGUCUCAACAGUAGUAAGAAUGUAUGUGGUCAAUUUUUCGGAAGCCUUGACUGGGAGCUAAUGUCAGAAUUAGAAAAAGGCAGUGAACCUUUUUACACAAGAUAUACGUUGAGAAACGAACAAGGAGAAUGCGUUCAAUCCCCUACAAAAUCCAGCAGCUCUUCUUUCAAUUAUCCUUUCUAUUCAGUGUUGACAUCAUCUUUUACAUCAUGGGCAAAAAAUGUCCUAGCAUGCCUUCUCCAUUUCAAUAUUUACAACUUAUUCUUCGCGACGACAGCAGGAGCGACAACAGAUGCUCAAUCACAGACCAAUAGAAGUUGUGUCACAAAUAUUACGGCGUAUUAUGGCAACACAACACGAUGGAAACCUUUUAGCGGGAACACAACAUGCCUUGAUUGUGGAAAUAAUGAAGAUUUGCGGCAGUAUUUCGUCGUUCCUGUUCGUGGAACAAAUUUGGUUCUAGUUUUGGUGGAGAAUUUUGCCGAAAAAGCUAUUUUCCGGUACAUGAAAAGGACGGAUCAUAUUCCUGGCACACAAAAAGAAAUUGAAAUCCAAGAUGCUACUUGUAGUUCCUAUUUCACUCUACCUCGUGAGCAUCCUGAAAGAUGUGUUUUGUCACACAGUGAGGAAACACAAUACAGUUGUGGUAAAGCGAAGAUGUUGGAACCAGCUACAAUUUUCAUAAUAUUUUAUACCUUAUACCAUAUCAUACAGCUCAGAUGCUGAGAGGAGAUCAUUUUAUAUACUGCACGCAUGGACGCACCUCUUAUUUGAAAUAUUAGAAAAAAGCGGCAUUUGCGUGUUUUGCACAGUCGAAAUUUUUUUAAUGGGUUGUACACGAAGGUUGAAAUAUUUUUAGCAUUACCAUGGAUUUAUUGAAUGAAAUAUUUAUUUGUAAAAAAAAUGAAUACAACUAAUACAUCGUUAUCGAUGUGGUAUGUAGGCUAAUAUUAUUGGGUUAUU